UGCUUUUUAGGAAUUUGCAAAGUGGAAUUGAAGUGUUUAAUAAACGUUUAUUAAAAUGUUCCACAGCGUCAAGCCUCUGUCAAAAUACUUGCUGCAAAAGUCGGUGCGAAUAUACGAUGCCAUAUUUACUUUACACGCGAAAUGUACUUGUGCAUUGCUGCUUGUGUGUACGUUUCUGCUUUCUUCAAAACAAUAUUUUGGCGAUCCGAUUAUAUGCAAGUCGGACAUGAAAACGGACUCUGAUUUUGUUAACUCAUACUGCUGGACACUGGGUACAUAUGUAUUCCCAACCCAGCCGGAACUUAAAACUGAAAACUACAAUGAAACAAUGGAAAACAUUCAUGACACCAAUGUGCAGUACAACAUAGACUUAAUCUAUCCGAGAAGUUCAACGGAAAAACGUGUUUUCCUGCGCUAUUAUCAGUGGGUUGUUAUAGUCCUCUUGCUGCAGUCGUUUGUUUUCUACUUGCCAGCAUUUCUAUGGAAGAUCUGGGAGGGUGGACGGCUCAAAAGCCUGUGCUCCAACUUAAAUGAAUCGAUGACUUCAGGAAGCUCUGCAAAUAUUAAAAAGCUGGCAAACUAUUUUGCUAUGGACUAUAAGGAAACCCAUCUGCGCUAUUUUCUAUCCUAUAUAUUUUGCGAGGUGUUGAACUUUGUCAUCAGCAUUGCCAACAUGCUCCUGUUGAAUGUGUUUUUGGAUGGCUUUUGGUCGCACUAUGUGAAAGUGCUGGGAUCUGUGCACCUUUACAACUGGAACACCUGGGACCGCGUGACCAGCAACAUAUUCCCUAAAAUUGCCAAGUGCGAGAUUGUCAAAUUCGGCUUCAGCGGCUCAAUGGAAAGUUACGACUGUCUCUGCCUGCUGCCGCUUAACAUACUAAAUGAGAAAAUCUUUGCGGUUCUAUGGGUAUGGUUUAUAUUAAUGGCUGUGCUUGCUGGCGCCAAGCUUCUUUAUCGUCUUGUGACCACCUUCAACCGUGAUGUGCGUCUAAUGCUGCUGCGCAGCCAGGCACGCUUCAUACCCAAGACAUCGAUGCUUUUAGCGCUGCGCGGCUUUAGCUGCGGCGACUGGUUCCUGCUGACGCGCGUCAGCAACAACAUGAGUGUCGAGCAAUUCCGUCAACUGCUGGAGCUGCUGCUUGAGCAGAAGCGCAUAACUUCCAAGAACAAUUCAAGCCUAGAUGGCGCCUAAAAUUUGACUCCUAAGCUCUGCUUAUCUAUUGAAAAACAUACAAUUAUUGAUCAAUUAUCACACAUGUCACACAUUGACCAUCACUAGAAUGUAGGCCUUUUCUUUAUAAAAACUGAAUCUGAAAUCAUUUGAUUACCCUUGCCUUACUCUAGCCUUAAACCUAAAGUAAGUUAACUGAAUAUGAAAACUGAAGUGAAUAAAGUGUCUUUCUGUUUAUGGAUGUACGUACAU